AUGGUUAAUCAAUCUUUUCACACGACAACAACAUUAUCAUCAAUUACUCCACGUUGGCAGAAUUGCAAUAAUCGCAAUAAUAAUAAUCAUUAUCUUUUAGAAAACAAAAGAAUGUUUCUUUCGUUUCCUCAUGCCAGAGAUAUAGCCAUCUAUGCCGCUGGAUGGUGGAUAUUUAUCGAUGCAAUUAUUUACAAGACUAUUUAUAAUGAAAUUUCUCCAAUUGCAUUCGAGGAUUGGAUAAUGAAUACAAUUGACAAGUCAAUUAUUUCAGAUGAGAUUUAUAGUUAUGGUGAAUCACGUAGGACGCUCUGGAAAGCGCGCCUAUUAAUACUCUUAGGAUUUACAUUGAUGGCUUUUGGAUUAUGUGGUUCAGUGGCUGUAUUUGUAUUGGAUUGUAUAUUAACCGAAGCAUCUGUUCAAUCAAUCCAUUUUGGAAUUGUAAUUGUGGUUCAAAAUUUUUUAAUAGCACAACCACAAGAUGAAGGAAAUGUUUUUCUAUUAGAUGAUGACAGUACUAGUAAUAUCGACUUUAAAAUUAGGGAGGAGGUGGAUUAUAAUAAUUUUGAUAUUUACGAUAAUACUGUAUCAACUUUUAGAGUUCCGGUUACCGUUACUAUUACAGCCAGUGAUAGUGUCGCACCAUUGACCUCAACACCAAAUGAAUCAACAACAAAACCAUCACCAAAACCAACAUCGACAAAUAAAUCAAUAACAGAAUCACCACCUGGAGCAAAAAAAACUACAUCACCAAAUCCAGAAGCGACUACAGAAUCACCACCUGGAGCAAAAACAACUACAUCACCAAAUCCAGAAGCGCCUACAGAAUCAUCAUCGCCAAAAGUAGAAGAAACCACGAAAUCACCAUCUCCAGAAUCACCAUCUCCAGAAGCAAAAGAUAAUAUAGAAUCAACAUCAAUAAAAGCAGAAGCAACCACAGGAUUGUCGUCACCAAAUCCAGAAGCAACCACAGGAUCGUCAUCACCAAAUCCAGAAGUAACUACAGAAUCGCCACUAAAUGCAGAAGAUACUACAGGUCCAAAAGAAACAGAAUCAUCAUUACCAACAGAAAGAACUACAGAAUCACCAUCGCCAGCAACUUCAACAAUAACGCCAAUGAAGUCAUCAACAUCAUUAAUUGAAACGCCAAUAGCAACGACAGCAAGCAACAAAAUAAAAAAAUCACCGCUAUCUAAUAGAUACGUGCAAUUUGCAAUAGCCGUUUCAUUAAUUGUUAUAGGUUUUGCAUUAGCAGCACUUGUAUGUUUUUUUUUCCAAACAAAAAGAAAACGCGUACUUAAAUCCAUUUCACCAUCACAACCACCAGAUGGACCGUCAACAUCAACAUCGCCAUUACUGGUUACAAGGAUGUAUGAAGGAGAUGGCGAAAAUCAAAGAACGGUGAUUGAUUUGGGAGAAUAUGGACAAACUACUGCUUUCACUCCCACUACCAUCAUUGCAGGAAAUCAUGAUGAUGAAGAACAAGCAAGCUCCUCAUUUUUAAAUAUUCCAUCAGCUGGUGAAACUACUAUUUAUGGAUCAUCUGGUGGCUCUACUUCUAUGGUUGAUCUGGCAACUGUAUCUCAUCAUUCAUUAGAAACUCAAAGUGACGCACCAUUAAUGACCAGAGUAAUAGCACAACCACAAGAUGAAGGAAAUGUUUUUCUAUUAGAUGAUGACAGUACUAGUAAUAUCGACUUUAAAAUUAGGGAGGAGGUGGAUUAUAAUAAUUUUGAUAUUUACGAUAAUACUGUAUCAACUUUUAGAGUUCCGGUUACCGUUACUAUUACAGCCAGUGAUAGUGUCGCACCAUUGACCUCAACACCAAAUGAAUCAACAACAAAACCAUCACCAAAACCAACAUCGACAAAUAAAUCAAUAACAGAAUCACCACCUGGAGCAAAAAAAACUACAUCACCAAAUCCAGAAGCGACUACAGAAUCACCACCUGGAGCAAAAACAACUACAUCACCAAAUCCAGAAGCGCCUACAGAAUCAUCAUCGCCAAAAGUAGAAGAAACCACGAAAUCACCAUCUCCAGAAUCACCAUCUCCAGAAGCAAAAGAUAAUAUAGAAUCAACAUCAAUAAAAGCAGAAGCAACCACAGGAUUGUCGUCACCAAAUCCAGAAGCAACCACAGGAUCGUCAUCACCAAAUCCAGAAGUAACUACAGAAUCGCCACUAAAUGCAGAAGAUACUACAGGACCAAAAGAAACAGAAUCAUCAUUACCAACAGAAAGAACUACAGAAUCAUACAAAGUCCAAGAAUCCAUUUUAGGUGUUGACAACUGCAUAAAGAAUAAUGAUUUGUUAUUACCCGAAAUCUAUACAGAAUAUGAUAUAUUGUUACCAGGCUCUCAAUUAAAUUUAAAAGAAUGGACACAUGAAGAAUUGAUGAUUCUAAUAGAUGCUGUUUUCUCCAGAAGGAUAAACCCCAAAAAGCUCCAUGAUUUGGGUUUUAUUGAAGCAGAUGAAGAAAAUGAAUUUAAUUUCCAUUUUAAAUGUAAUGAACAUGAAGAGCAUGAAGAACAUGAGGAGGUUGUUUUAAGUGACAAUUUGGAAAUAAUCAAUGUUAAUCAGAAUACUAAUACUUUUAUUCAAACUGAUAACAUUGAAGUUGACAAUGGUGAAAAUAGCAGAAGACAUGCAUAG